GCAUGGUUUUAGAGGCAAGCACCGCCUUCACUGAAUCUCACUUUACAUCCGGCACCACAGUGAACGGAAUCAGCGCCACAUUCAUCAAAAAAACUACAGCAUGGGGUUGUGCCAUUACAAGUCGUCCUCACAUGGCAACCUUGGGC